UCUUCCUUCCGCAUGGUCCGAGCGAGUCACAGCAGCGACAUACACCAUCCAACGUUCACUCUCCUCUUUUUUUUUCCUCUUCUUUUCCCCUUUCUUUUUCCGCAUUCUCUCUAUCUUCCGUGGUGGAGGUCCGAGCGCCCGAUUGACUGAGCUCGACUCCAAUCGCGCACCGUUGGGAAGCUCCGACUCGAUUCGCCGGAGAGAGCCCGAGCUGGAGACAUGGCGCUGAAUCGUGGUUACAAGCUCCAGGAAUUCGUAGCGCAUGCAUCUGAUGUCAACUGUGUGGCUAUUGGGAAGAAAUCAAGCAGAGUUUUUGUUACUGGUGGUGAAGAUCGCAAAGUAAAUCUAUGGGCGAUUGGUAAACCAACACCACUACUGAGCUUAUCUGGUCAUAUGGGUUCUGUUGAAUCUGUGGCCUUUGAUUCAGCGGAAGUCUUGGUUCUUGGGGGAUCAUCUACUGGCAUAAUUAAACUUUGGGAUCUGGAAGAGGCGAAGAUUGUUCGGACUCUUACUGGGCACAGAUCCAAUUGUACCUCAGUUGAAUUCCAUCCAUUUGGUGAAUUCUUUGCAUCUGGUUCUUUGGAUACUGAUCUUAAAAUAUGGGAUAUUAGAAAGAAGGGAUGCAUUCAUACUUACAAGGGCCAUGCUGGGGGAAUUCAAAAAAUUAGAUUUACACCAGAUGGGCGUUGGGUUGUUACAGGAGGAGCAGAUAACAUGGUGAAGCUGUGGGAUUUAACAGCAGGAAAGCUUCUGCAUGAUUUUAAGUUUCAUAAUGGACAAAUCAGGUGUAUAGACUUUCAUCCUCAUGAAUUUUUACUUGCAACAGGCUCAGCUGAUCGAACUGUGAAAUUCUGGGAUCUUGAAACAUUUGAACUGAUAGGUUCUGUGGGGCCUGAGGCUACUGGGGUGUGCUCGAUGAUCUUUCACCCUGAUGGAAAAACCCUAUUUUGUGGGUUGGAAGCAACCUUGAAAGUAUUCUCUUGGGAGCCCUUAAUAUGUCAUGAUGUUGUUGAUAUGGGGUGGUCGACUUUGGGUGAUCUCAGUAUAUAUGAAGGGAAACUCUUGGGAUGCUCCUACUAUGAAAGCCGUGUUGGAGUUUGGGUGGCAGAUAUAUCGCUCAUUGCUCCCUAUGCUCUUGGUGUGGUGCCAAAAGCAAGUGGCCUUGUAGAGCCUACUUUUCAGGUAGAGAACUUUUCCCUGGAACUGAAAGAGAGCAGUGGUGUAUCUAAUAUAAAACCUACCACUGAGUAUCAUGAUAUUGGAAUUAAAACCAAGGAGACAGAAGGAGGCACAUGCUUGAUUUCUGACGACUGUAGACAAAGUAUCAGUCAUGGAACUAAUUCAUGUAACACAUCAACUGUAGCACCAAUUACCCUGAGUGGAGUUACAAGGAACAAAAGCUCUGAUAGCUGCAUCACUGUACCACAAAGAUUUCGUUCCAGGAUGUCUUCGAAAGCAUCCACCCCUAGUUCUACCACAUCUGGUUCUGUAAAAGCUAUUCAAGGUUCUCUUAAUCCUUCAAACAAAACUGAACGAAGUUUGCCAUCAAGGAACACUGCAUUGAGUUCAAAUACCACAAAAGCAAUUAGUUUGGUAACUUCAAAGAAGGCUUCGACGGUACAGAGUAGUGUGGGAACACAUACACGUCUGUACAUGCCUGUUAUUGUACCUAGAGACAACCUGGGCCAGGACAGUUUCAGAGUGGUAACAGCUGCUUCUGAAGCAAUUUCUCGUGGUUCAAGGUCCAACAAAAUAACUCAUAAACGUAAAUCAUCAUUUGCUUCUGGUGAUAGCAAGGACCAACUGAUUGAGAAUGCAUCUAUGGAUUUGACUGAUAGAAGAAGUGAUUCAGAUGUUAAUUCAAAUUUGUUCCCCAUUCUCGCUGCAAGUCAUGAAGCUGCAGAAGAUGAUGUCAGAGAACACACUAUGACAAGAAACAUUGCAGAAAAGUUUGAAAGAGUAUUGUCAAUAGAGCAGCCUGUACAAUCACAGAAUGACAAUGGUAAUGAGUCGCCAUGCUCAAGCAGUGAAACUAACUCAGUGAAAUAUGUUAAAGGAGUUGCUGUCCAACUUGGAAAGACGCGGACUCUAGUUGAACGCUGGGAAAGAAGAGAAAGAUGUGGCAGCAACAUGGCAAUAAAACAAUCAGAGGCGACCUCUGAAAGGGACUUGACAACAUCAGAGGAUGAUUUGAUUCCCGAAACACUAAUUCAAAACCAUGAUGCAUUCAUAAAUUCUUUGAAAUCUCGCCUGACUAAAUUACAGAUGGUGCGGCAUUUUUGGGAACAAAAUGGCAUUAAAGGCGCAAUUAGUUCUGUGGCAAAGUUGCCUGACUAUUCUGUUCAGGUUGAUGUCAUCAGCAUUCUCAAGGACAAAAUUGGACUUUUUACCCUUGAUCUGUUUUCGACCUUGUUGCCAGUUCUUGUUGGUUUACUAAACAGCAAGAUUGAGAGACAGACUGUUGUUUCUCUGAGUCUGCUGUUGGAGCUUGUUAAGAUCUUUAAACCAGUUAUAAGUUCAACAAUAUCUGCAUCUUCAACAGUGGGAGUUGAUCUUCAGGCUGAACAAAGGCUGGAGCAUUGCACCCACUGUUUCAACAAUCUGGAAAAGAUAAAACAAGUUCUUCCUCCACUAAUUAGGAGAGGAGGGCUGCUAGCAAAACAUGCCGGUGAAUUGAACAUAAUUUUACGUGACUCAUGAUCAAUAGCUUUUUUCUCCCUUUAAAGCUCCUCUAUACCUUCUUAUAAGUAAUUAUCGGGAUCCGUAUCUUCAGCAACUUUGGUAUGGAAUGCCGCCACAAGAUUUGCCUCCAUUUGGCUUUCCUUGAUGGAUGCUUCGAGUUGACAAUGGGAGAGGGUGCAGGAUUACUAUAUUGAAGUCUAGCCCAUUGUAUAAUUUGUUUGUUGUUCUAAUGCCUUAUUCUUGGUGCCCGCCUCUUUUCUGAUGAGUGGCAUGCUUUGAUGUAUAAAUGUUCUUAUGUACAUGAUAUGCCCUGCAGAUUUAGUUAAAUUGGAUGAUACCGUCUUUUAUACUGGAAAUUCUUCCUCGUAUCGAAUGCAAACAACAGAUGCUUAUUGAAAAUCCUUGUUCACUACCUGGGCGAGAAAGAUUUAUGUUGUGUUGAUUGGAAA